AUGGAUAAGACACGAUUACCAGUACUAACUGGAGGAUGUCAAUGUGGAAAUAUUCGUUAUGCUCUAUUUGCAAAGCCGGAGAAAUUUGACGUAUGUCACUGUCGUAUGUGUCAAAAGGCCGUUGGUGGCCCAUAUGCUGCUCUAGCCGUUAGCUCAUUGAGCAACUUUGCCUGGACACGUGGAACACCGUCGUCAUUUGCCAGUUCAUCGAUGGCCACUCGUGGUUUUUGCUCUAAUUGUGGUACACCAUUAUUUUACUUGAAUAACAAAGAUGAAAGUAUCGAACUAACAUCGGGCAGUUUUGAUCGACCAAUUGACCUAGGACCACCACGGACUCAAACUGGUAUUGAAAAUUGUUUGAAAUGGGCUGUUAUCAAAGAUUUGCCGACAAGAUCAACAGAUGAAAUUAAAUAUCCACCUGCAGAAAUGAAUAAUUAUCAACAUCCGGAUCACGAAACAUCGGACAAACCAAAAAUGAGUAGUUUAGUUAACGAAAAUAUUACAACUGUUGAACAACUAAAUGCGACAGAAAAAUUAGAAUACGAUCAUGAUAAAGUUGCAAAUAUUACAUUUAAUUGUGAAAAAUUCAUGAACGAACCUAAUCCUUAUCCAGAAAUGUUAUUCGCUAUUCAAACAACUAUCAAAGAAUGUAUUGAUAGCAAUUGUCUUGUUUCUUCUCCGAAUUUAUUAAAAUCAUUAAGUGAAUUUAUUCAGGAGAAACUUUGCAUCAAGAUAUUCCUGGAUAAUAAUUCCAGUUAUGCUCAUCAAAUAUUUAAAAUAUAUUUUGACACUCUUAAUAUAUCAGCACUGAUCAUCAAUUUACAAAAUGAGUGUUAUAAUCAUUUGAUCGAGAUAAUUGUCUAUGUCGUUACCGAAGCUUGUCUGUACAUAAGAGUGACUAACAACGAUAUUCACGAUGAACAACUACUAUUCGUAGCCAUAUUGAAUUACAUUGAUAACUUAAUCGAAAAAUCAUAUCUAUUUCUCGAGUUAAUAUGGAAUUUAACUGACGAAACAAUCUUGAUUCCAAAAUUUACUCAGACUGGUUAUCCACAAGCUGUUCUGAAAUGGGUUAGAAUAGAAAACUUAACAAGCAAACUAUAUAUUAGUCUUCUUAAUAUUAUACAUAAUCUUGCUCGACAUGAUGAUGGUGCGGAUGAAUUGAGCAGAUAUGAUGGUAUCAAUAUACUAAAAAUGUUACAGACAAAAUCAAUUGUACAAACGGAUAACGAGAUGUCAUUGUUAUGUUCAAUGUCAUUAGCACUCAUCUCCACACCAGAACAAAUUAAAAAUAAUAAUCAAUUUAUGAAUAAAAUUCUUGAUCAAUUAUUACAAACUGUAAUUGAUGCAUCAUUGAGCGACGACUAUUCGGAUAAAGAAGGCUAUCAUAUUUCGGAACCAUUAGCAGUGUUUGUUCAACUGUUCAUUGAUGAUCAUAUUCUAGAUUAUGUUUUGCAACAUCAAGUUCCAGUUAUUAUUUUAUCAAGCGUACAAUUAUUUUCGAAUUUAUUGAUUCGAUUUUGUAGUUUAACAGACAAUGACUUAAAAGCACAAUUAACAUGUUUAGCGCUCUUUAAUAUUCUGUGGAGUAUAUCAUUUCAUGAAGAAUACAAAGAAGAAUUGCGACAAAAUAUCAGACUUAUCGGUAUAAUCAAAAAUUAUGAUGGUGUUAUGAAUAUUCAAUAUACAUCGAAACAUAUGGCCAAUGUUAAGAAAGCCUCGGAUGGUAUACUUUGUAAUAUUCUCGGUGAAACUACUCUUAUGUCAGAAAUAAAAACAAAUGCUACGAAACCAGUGAUAAUGAUUAGCUAUUCCCAUGCUAAUGAUAUGUUUUGUAGAACAAUAUUCGAUCAUCUACAUCAGCGACAACAAUUUAAUAUUUGGAUUGAUUUUCUUCAUUGUCGAACAGGUGAUCUAUGGGAAGAGAUAGCUAAUGGAAUGGAACGAGCUCAGGUUAUCUUAUGUUUAUUGUCUGAAAGUUAUUUUCAAAGUAAAUCUUGUCGACAAGAAUUUACCUAUGCGACUGACGGACUGAAAAAGCCAAUAGUGCCCGUUCGUAUUGAAAAUUUUACUCCAAAAGGAUGGCUUGGGAUAAGAACCACAAACAUGAAAUAUGUUCGUUUUAAAAAUCCACAACAACCUGAAAAUAAUAAAAUUUCAGAAUUAAUUGACAUGAUUUCAGCUACACUAUUAUCAGAAGAUACUCCUAAUUCGCCAGCGUCUGAACAAUGUCAAAAAUCGAGUAUAACAUCAGUCGACAGUCAUUCGCAGUUAUUACAAGAAACACCAAGCGAUAAUUAUACUAUUAAUCAAGAAUCUGUCGAUACAUGGAGUAUAAAUGAUAUUACUCAAUGGUUCGAUCAGAAUCAUAUUUUAUCUGAAAUAAAAAAUUUAUAUCAAUUUCAAAAUGGUACAGAAAUGUUACUUUAUUCUGAAUUUUUACUUCCAGACAAUGAAGAAUGGAAAAAUCAAUAUCGACGUUAUUCUCUACGGUUUAAAAAAAAAUUUGGCGAUGCCGAAUUACCCGAACAUGAAUUUGUAAGAUUUGUUGUUGCCAUGCGUCGUUUAUAUCACACUGAAUGGAAUAAACAACAAAUAGUUCCAUCAUGUACGAUCAUAUGA